AUGAUAGUGUGGAAGAAAAAGUGCAAGACUACAGUAUUGAAUGAUAACCAAAUUGAAAAAUGUGUAUUAUUUUCUAAUAAUAAUGAACUAGUUGUAUCUAACAAAAAUAAAGAUAUUGAUAUAAAAGAUCGAGCAACAAAAUGGUUAAUUUAUUCAGUUUCAAUCGAUAAAGUGUUUUGUUUCUGUUGUAAACUUUUUUCAAAUGCCAACUCAAAUAUAAGCACAUUGGCCACAGAAGGUACAAAUGAUUGGAAACAUUUGUCAGAAAAGUUAAGUUUACACGAAACCUCACGAUCGCAUAUUGACAAUGCAUAUGCUUGGUCUGAGUUAAAAAUAAGAAUUUGUAAAAAAGCAACUGUUGACCAUAAUCAUCAAAUGAUUAUUGAAAAAGAAAAACAACAUUGGAAGGAUGUUAUUAAACGAAUAAUUGCAGUAAUGCGUUACUUGGCAAAGCACUAUGUUGCAUUCAGAGAAAUGCUAGGUAAAUUUGAUCCUGUUAUGAUGAAACAUUUAAAACGUAUAACAAAUAACGAAACUCAUGUACAUUAUCUUGGACCAAGAAUACAGAAUAAUUUAAUCAAAUCUAUGGCCUCAGAAGUAAAAGAAGAAAUUAUAAUAAAGAUAAAAUCAGCGAAGUACUAUGCUAUUAUUAUGGAUUGUACACCUGAUGUAAGCCAUGAAGAACAAUUAUCAAUUAUUAUAAGAAUUGUAGAUAUGGACUCAAACAAUGAAAUUACAGAUGUUGAAAUAAAAGAGUAUUUCAUGGAUUUUAUAAAUAUUCAAUCAUCCACGGGAUUGCAUUUGGCAGAUAUUCUUAUAACAAAAUUAAAAGAGUAUCAAAUAGAUUUAGCUGAUUGUCGUGGACAGGGGUACGAUAAUGGAGCCAAUAUGGUAGGCCAAUACCGUGGAGUUCAAGCACGUAUUCUUAACCAAAAUCCAAGGGCAUUAUUUAUGCCAUGCACAGCACACAGACUAAAUUUAGUCCUUGGUGAUACCGCAAUAAGUUCUACAAUAGCAGCGAACUUUUUUGGCACAGUAGAAAGAAUUUAA